AUGGUUAAGCCGUCAGGCCACAGCCGAUGGCCUGGCUCGAAGCCCGGCUCUGUCACCGGUGGCAGCCUGGGCCCCAGGCCAGCUAAGCCCGGGUCGCCCAGCCCGUGGCUCUACCCAUCAGGCAGCGAUGCCAACACCAUCUCCUGGGCUGACGCCCCUGCGCCCCCCGACCCACUUCAGCCAGAGGCGUGGUGGGACGAAGUGCCCCGGGAAGGCCUGUCGCAGGAGCGGGGCCAGCGGGUCAAGGCGGCCGCCCCUGAGCGCAGCCUGUCGCUCCUCCUCCCUGAGGCCUCCGAGCCCUACCCUGGCCCCGCUGCUGGCCUCACGCUUCAGCCUGACCCCACCACACGCAUCCCGAGUGAGCACCACGGUGAGCCCGUGGGGAUGGACGACACCCGGGCCUGGCACCACGGAGGGACCAUGAACGGAGCGGCCACGCGCGCCCACACUGCAGAGGCAGCCGGGAUGGCAGAGGGUAGCCGCCUGCGCUGGGGACCACAUUGCCAGCAGCUCCUGCCCAGCAGAGCGCCCGUCACCGCACUGCUGCCCCCACGCCUGGACGGGCCCUGGAUCUCCACUGGCUGCGAGGUGCGCCCGGGACCCGAGUUCCUCACCCGCUCCUACACCUUCUAUCCCAACCGCCUCUUCCGCGCCUACCAGUUCUACUACAGGGACCCCUCGUGCCGGGAGCCCGCCCAUUCACUGCUCAUCAAGGGCAAGGUGCGCCUGCGCCGGGCCUCCUGGGUCACCCGGGGCGCCACCGAGGCCAACUACCACCUGCACAAGGUGGGCGUCGUCUUCCACAGCCGCAGCGCCCUGCUCGACGUGGCUGGGCGCCUGGACCAGAGCCGGGCCGGCCGGGCCUGCGCGCGCCGCCUGCCCGCCGCCUGGGCCUGGCUGCCAGGGGCCCUGUACGAGCUUCUGGGUGCCGGGGCUGAGCGGGACUGCGCGGCCGCCCUGGGCUUCACCAUGCACGAGCUCAGCCUGGUCCGUGUGCAGCGCCGCCUGCAGCCCGAGCCCCGGGACGCGCCCCGGCUGGUGGAGGAGCUCUACCUGGGGGACAUCCACACCGACCGGGCGGAGCGGCGGCACUACCGGCCCACCGGUUACCAGCGCCCGCUGCAGAGCGCCCUGCACCACGCCCGCCCCUGCCCGGCCUGCAGCCUCAUCGCCCGCUCCGACGAGCACCACCCGCCCGUGCUGCCCCGCCAGGCGGUCCUGCCCUUGCGCCUGGGCGGCCGCUGGGUCAGCCCCGGGUGCGAGGUGCGCCCUGCCGUGCUCUUCCUCACCAGGGUGUUCACCUUCCACGGGCACAACCGCUCCUGGGAAGGGUACUACCACCACUUCUCGGACCCCACCUGCCGGCAGCCCACCUUCACCAUUUACGCAGCCGGCCGCUACACCAAGGGCACGCCGUCUGCCAGGGUUCGUGGCGGCACCGAGCUGGUGUUCCAGGUCACGCGAGCCCGCGUCACCCCCAUGGACCGGGUCACCACGGCCAUGCUCAACUUCUCCGAGCCGAGCAGCUGUGGCGGCCCGGGGGCCUGGUACCUGGGAGCCGAGCGGGAUGUCACCGCCACCAACGGGUGCCUGCCGCUGGGCAUCAGGCUCCCCCACGUGGAGUACGAGCUCUUCAAGAUGGAGGAGGACCCCCUCGGGCAAAGCCUGCUCUUCAUCGGACAAAGGCCCACUGACGGCUCCAGUCCCGACACCCCGGAGAAGAGGCCCACAUCCUACCAAGCACCCCUGGUGCUCUGUGACAGGGUGGCCUGGGGCUUCUCCAGGCCUCCGCGGCACAGGCCUCUACUGCAGAUGCCCGUCAGCGGUGGGGGGCUGGGCCCCCCAGCGGCCCCUCUCCCCUCCCUGCUUCUGGUUCUCGGGCUGGCCUUCCUCCAGUGGCUAUGAAAUUGGUCUCUGACUUCCAGACGG